UUGAAGAGAGCUGUGUCCUUGUCAGCCCUGCUGACCUAGCUAGAGGCACAAUCUUCUAUAUCACUGGUCACUGGUUCAUGUGAAGACAGCAUCACUGCAGAGUUUCCUAUCACAUGUGACUACACAGGACGUGAGCUCUGAGAUCUGCUGACUGGUGAGGCGCCUAGGAUAAAUGAAGGGUGGACCAAAGGAGCCAUGAGCAGUCGUUUGCAUGGUGGUCGGGUGUUCACUGCCAUAAAACCGUUCCAGCAAGAUUGCAGUAUCCAGGUAGGAGGUUUUGCUUUGUCCACCAUAGCAUGGAUUCUUUGCAUCACCUCCAUGGGCCUCCCACAGUGGCGAGUGUGGUACCUGAAGGAAGGUGUGAUCUCUUACCCUAGUGUGGCCUUUGUGGGACUGUGGAAAGUCUGCAUCUAUCACUACAACAACUCCAACAAUAUUAGAAUGUGUUACCAAUACAGCUACUAUGACACCUUCAUCCCUUUGGAUAUUCGUAUUUCUCAACACCUGAUGCUGAUCACCAGCAUUUUCUGGCUGAUUGGAAAAGUGGCCACCGUUGUUGCUCUUAGAAAUGUGCACUCAGAAAGACAAAAAUGGAAUACUAUCCACAAUGCCUUAAAUGCUUCAGCGAUUCUGAACAUCAUUGCUAGUAACUUUGUCUUCCUUUCUGUCUUGUGCAACUAUUUCCCCAUUUUAAACAAGGAGGGGAUUGCCUUUCCACCCUCCUUCAUUAUGCCCCUUCAUCCAGAUAUUCAGAAAGCUGGGGCUGCCAUGGGUGCGGCAUUGCUAGCGGCUGUCCUGUUUUUGUUCAGUGGCGUGAUUUUCAUUUCUUAUGAUGUUCCCUUAAACAUCAAAGACAUUCCUGAUUUCUGAAAAAUGAAUGUACUUCAUCUUGAAAAAUCCAAAAUUCCCUGUGGUUAUAGCAAAGAUUUUGGAGAUGUCUCCCUAAAGUCUCCAAAGAUUCAACAAUGCUCAACUGGCCUGUGACAGAAAAUGGUUCAAUGGCUCCUCCUGUUAUCUUUUCUGUCUUGUUUGUUUCAUUACUUCAUUGGUUGGAUUAUGGACUUCUAUUAAAAUAAAUAAAACCUUACCCAUUUAUCAAUUUGUCUUAUGAAA